UGUAUUUCACUAUUGAUUUUUCUAUCGUUUAACUUCGAUUAUUCCACUCUAUUAUCAUUAUUACUAAUAAUUAACAAUGAAUACAACAUUGUAUGCGGAAUAUACUUAUGAGGAUAUUAAUUACCAGUGUUUAACAUUCCAGGAAAUGAUAUAUGAUAAUCUACUGAAUCAUUCGAAUGUAGACGAAAAGUUAACUAUCCUAUCAGCUGGUCUAGCAUCGAUAACACUGCCAACUUGUAUUGUCUAUGCAUUAGUUGGAAAUGUAAUCAUUCUCAUUUUAUUAUGUCUAAAUGUUAAACGACCAAAUCAUAUGGAAAUAUAUGGUUACAUAUUAGUUGUAUUCGAUAUGUUAUUUGUAAUUGUAUCAUGUGUCUAUUAUAUACCAACGUAUUUUGGAUGGUGGAGUUUGUACCUUACACCUUUCCACUUAAUAAGUCAUAUAGGCUGUAAACUAAUCUUUGGCUUUAUGGAUCUAUUCUCAGCGAUUCGUAUGAAUCUUCUCCUAUAUAUGAUUAUUCUAUGCCUGAGAAAACCACAGUAUUAUUAUUACUAUUCAAAAGUGUAUACUUAUCUACGCUUAAUAUCCAGAUUAAUUAUUAUCCUAGCUAUUAGUUUAAUACAAGCUAUACCAACAUUUAUAAUAUACAGCGUAUGGAUACAUGAGAAUGUCUGUUUAUGUCUACCACAUCCGAAAUGGUCUUAUACCUAUCAUAAAUUCUAUUAUAUACAUAAAAGCUUAUACUUGGAAGGCUUAAUUCAAUCAUUUAUUUCACUAAUUUUAAGUAUCCCUCUUUGGUAUAAAUAUAAUCUAGAUAAACAAACUUAUUUAUAUUUAAAUAAUCAAUGUACAUCACAUAGUCUCUUGACUAAAAUAUUGAUUAGUUUAAAAUUAGAAAUACAAGGUCAUCGACAAAAUGAACAAUUCUUACUUAUUCAAAUAUUUACAAUAUGCCUAGUAAAAAUGUUACAUAGUCUAUGCAGUCUAGCCUAUUCAAUGCAAAAAGCAGAUUUAAUCAAUACUUCAACAGCAGUAGCCAAUCCAAGUAUUUAUAUGCUAACAUUAUUUAGUAAGUAUGAUUUAUUAAUUAUAUUAGAAAUUAUACUUAUCAGUAGUUCUUCUGUUGUCUGGUAUAUAACAUCUUAUGAAAUUCAAUUAUUUUGUAAAUAUUUACAAAUGAAAUUAUUUUCUACACGGAAAAAGAGUGGUGGUCAUAGUAGAGUAGCAUUUCCAUCGUUAGCCUCACAAUAUUAUCCGUAUUUAUGCCAAAAAAGGCGCUUAUUUCAUUCAUAUUUUCAUUAUCAACAACAAAAGUCUCCUGCAUAUCAAUCACACAGAGAAUUAUCAAUUCGUGCACAGAAAAAAAUUGUUCAACAAUUAGAUGAUUUAAAAGAACACUUAUUAAAAAUACAUGCAAAAGAUUUAAAGGAUACAAAUGUUUGGAAACGUUAUAUGAUACAAAGAAAUUAUUAUAUGCAGCAUUUGCAUAAACUGCAUGAUGAUGAAGAACAAACCUUGAAUGAAUUAGCUAUCAGUUUAGAUUUAGACCCAACGAAUCCAUUGUGUUUAAAUUCACUUGAAAUAGAUGAUCCUGUUGAUGAUGAAGAAGAUGGUGAAAAAGGUCAAGAAGACGAAGGAGGCGAAAGAGGCGAAGGAGAAGUAGAAGAGAAACGAUCAGAAGGUAAACAGCUGACGACAGAUCAGCGUAUAUCAAAUAAAUUGGUUGAUAAUGAUAAAAAUAGUAAUUAA